AUGUCAAGCAAUGAAAUUCCACUAGCACAAUCAUUUGUAUUGCCAUGUGGACUUAAACUAUCUAAUAGAAUAGUGAAAGCAUCAAUGGAAGAAAUGUUAGGCAAUAGUGAUAAUCAACCUAAUGAAUAUAUCUAUCGUCUCUAUCAGCGUUGGGCAAACGUAUCAUUUGGUCUUCUUUUAACUGGUAACGUUCAAGUUGAUGAUCGUUAUCCAGGCAUAAUGACAGACAUGAUGAUUCCCAGUAAGGAUAAAAUCGAUAUUGAAAAAUGGAAAAAAUAUGCAGAUAUUUGUCAAAGUCAUGGUACACCAACUAUUGUUCAAAUUAAUCAUGCAGGACGUCAAUCACUUUCAGGGAAAAGGCCGUUACUAGAACGUGCUAUUGCUCCUAGUCCAGUUUCAUUAUCUUUUGGUAAUAAUCCUUUUGUUCGAACUCUACAACGAUUAGCACUUGGUACACCAAAAGAAAUGACACGAGCUCAAAUCGAUGAAACUAUUGAAAAGUUUGUAGAAGCAGCAGAACUUAUGUUUAAAGCAGGUUUUGCUGGCGUCGAACUUCACGGCAGUCAUGGUUAUUUAAUUAGUAGUUUUUUGUCUCCGAAAACAAAUCGACGACAGGAUGAAUAUGGAGCGACACCAAAAGAUAGAAUAAGAUUUUUAUUACGCAUCAUUGAUGCUAUCCGAGCAGUCGUCCCUUCAACAUUUGCCGUUGGUGUUAAACUCAAUUCAGCUGAUUAUAGUACCGGUGGAUUAACAGAAGACGAAGCAUACGAUCAAAUUCGAUGGAUUGAUGAUCAUGGUGGAAUUGAUUUUAUCGAAAUUUCUGGUGGAACAUACGAAGCUCCUGCUAUGGCUGGAUCUGAAGAUGAUAGACGAUCGGAACGAACCAAAAAACGAGAAGCUUACUUUAUUGAAUUUGCUGCAAAAGUUCGUAACACAACAAAAAUUCCUUUAAUAGUUACUGGUGGAUUUCGAACUCGCGAAGGUAUGAAUGAUGCUAUAGUUUCAAAUGCGUGUGAUUUCGUUGGUAUCGCUCGACCUGUUUGCAUUCAAUUUAAUUUGCCACAAAUUUUACUCGAUCCAACUAUUCCGGAUAAAGAUGCACGAGCAUUACAAUAUGACAUUCGAGGAAGUUCUAUAUUUAGCUUAAUACCUAUACCGGGCAGUCGUUCAAGUUGUGGAAUAGUCUGGUAUAAUUGGCAAAUGCAGCGAGUUGCUAUUGAAAAUCGAGAACCCGAUCCAACACUUAGUAUUCAUGGAAAAUUAUUAACUGUUCUUUUUAAAAAAACAAAAAAAAUCAUUCCAUUCUUCGUUCUACUCUGUGCUCUUUGGUAUGCAUCGUUGCUGAAAGAAUUCAUCUUGAACUUCAGGAUGAAUAAAUAA